AUGCUCUUCCUUCUCAGCCUUCCCCCGCUGGCCCUCGCUCUCCUCACACUACUUCUUCCUACCCCAACCACCGCCUUCGGCACCCCCAACCUCGCCUCCCAGUUCCGCGAACACGAGUUCAUCACCCGCGCUGCGCUCGCCUGCCACACCCGCGAUCACCACCCCCCCGACUGCUUCGAGCCGCUCUCCCUCGACCAGCUCGCCGGCCGUGACGGCACCUACGGCGCAGUUGGCUCGCCCGACAUCCCGGACCCUUUACCCGAGGGGGCGGAAGCGCACUGCGACGACGCGGACUUCUUAGACGUGGAGGGGUAUCCGCAGUCGCGGGAGGGGGCGACGGCGGCGCUGAGGUCGUGCGUGCUGAAUCUGCGGAAGAGGCAACGGGAGGGUGUCAGGGAUGCGGCGCGGUUGCUGGAUCCGUGGGGGAGGAUCGUGAAGAGCGAGGUUGAUGUGCGGAACCAGGAUUGUAAUUUCAUCGGGGAUUUUUGCGGCAGGGGCAAGUGUAACGUGCUCGAGGGCUUUGGGAAAGUGCUGCAUGGGGUCCAGGAUUUUUACAGCCACUCGAAUUGGGGAGACCAUGCUGGGGUGGCGCCGUUUGACGUCUUUAACCCGCCGGGGUUGGACAUGAGGGAGAUACCGGGGUUCCUGGAUCUGAGGAAGAAGGGGGACCUAGGGGAGGAGGACGUCCCGUACCAUCUUAGCACGGGUUGCUUCUCCAUCGCCAUCUUCCCCUGCAACGGCCGCAUCGACCACGCGGCGCUGAACAAGGACACUGGGGACAUCGAUCCCGUGACUGGGGCCGUCGGGACGCCGACUACACCCCGCGGCCUCCUGAACCCGGACAACCCGGACAGUCUCAACAUCAAUGUCAACGACACGAACUUCGCCCGCGCUGUCCGACUUGCGAUUCAGGAUACGGCAAGACAGUGGCGGCACUUCCGCGAUGAGCUAGAGAAGACGUAUGGAGCUGAUCGUGCGAGGGUGAUGGUUUGUACGCUUACGACUGAUGAGCCCUGGCGCGAGUGCCAGCAUCCGGUUGUGGAUCAUCCGCUGGGACAUCAACUGACGGAUACACGUAAUUUGAAGGUUGCGGGCGCGAUUGCGUUUAGUUAUUUGUUGGGUAUGGAGCAGGAUUCGGAGGGUGGGGUCUGA